AAAGCCCCGGAUGUUCGUUGGGGAUUCAACAUGGCGGCGGCAAUAGCCGCGGUGGCGGCAGUGCAAGAGAGCUGAGAGAGGCGCGAGGGCGCGGAGUUCCAGGCCGAGCAGCUAGGCUGCGAGCGACUGCGGCGCCGAGCCGAUAUGUCUCGAGCACCUACUAUGUUCCAGCCACUGCUCUAGAUGCCAGCAAGAACCAGACAGACAAGUCCCUGCCCUCAGGGCGCUGACAUUCCGCCGGGGGCACCGCCAGUCAGUAGGUGUAGGAUGCCAGGGGGUGAUGAGUAACCCGAAGCCCCUAGAGGAGUGGUCACCUGCCUGAGGGCACUUCUGUCCCACCAGCAUCAGACCAGACCGCACCGAGCCCCCGGCACCAUGUUUGGGAAGAGGAAGAAGCGGGUGGAGAUCUCCGCGCCAUCCAACUUCGAGCACCGCGUGCACACGGGCUUCGACCAGCAUGAGCAGAAGUUCACGGGGCUGCCCCGCCAGUGGCAGAGCCUGAUCGAGGAGUCGGCUCGCCGGCCGAAGCCCCUCAUCGACCCCGCCUGCAUCACCUCCAUCCAGCCCGGGGCCCCCAAGACCAUCGUGCGGGGCAGCAAAGGUGCCAAGGAUGGGGCCCUCACGCUGCUGCUGGACGAGUUUGAGAACAUGUCGGUGACACGCUCCAACUCCCUGCGGAGAGACAGCCCGCCGCCGCCCGCCCGUGUCCGCCAGGAAAAUGGGAUGCCAGAGGAGCCGGCCACCACGGCCAGAGGGGGCCCGGGGAAGGCAGGCAGCCGAGGCCGGAUCGCCGGUCACAGCGAGGCGGGUGGCGGCAGUGGUGACAGGCGACGGGCGGGGCCAGAGAAGAGGCCCAAGUCUUCCAGGGAGGGCUCAGGGGGGCCCCAGGAGUCCUCCCGGGACAAACGCCCCCUCUCUGGGCCUGACGUCGGCACCCCCCAGCCUGCUGGUCUGGCCAGUGGGGCAAAACUGGCAGCUGGCCGGCCCUUUAACACCUACCCGAGGGCUGACACGGACCACCCAUCCCGGGGUGCCCAGGGGGAGCCUCAUGACGUGGCCCCUAACGGGCCAUCAGCGGGGAGCCUGGCCGUCCCCCAGUCCUCCUCCUCCUCCUCCUCCCGGCCUCCCACCAGAGCCCGAGGUGCCCCCAGCCCUGGAGUGCUGGGCCCCCACGCCUCGGAGCCCCAGCUGGCCCCUCCAGCCCGCACCCCCGCCGCCCCUGCCGCCCCUGCCGCCCCUGCUGUUCCUGGGCCCCCUGGCCCCCGCUCACCACAGCGGGAGCCACAGCGAGUAUCCCAUGAGCAGUUCCGGGCUGCCCUGCAGCUGGUGGUGGACCCAGGCGACCCCCGCUCCUACCUGGACAACUUCAUCAAGAUCGGCGAGGGCUCCACGGGCAUCGUGUGCAUCGCCACUGUGCGCAGCUCGGGCAAGCUGGUGGCCGUCAAGAAGAUGGACCUGCGCAAGCAGCAGAGGCGCGAGCUGCUCUUCAACGAGGUGGUGAUCAUGAGGGACUACCAGCACGAGAAUGUGGUGGAGAUGUACAACAGCUACCUGGUGGGGGACGAGCUCUGGGUGGUCAUGGAGUUCCUGGAAGGAGGCGCCCUCACCGACAUCGUCACCCACACCAGGAUGAACGAGGAGCAGAUCGCGGCCGUGUGCCUGGCAGUGCUGCAGGCCCUGUCAGUGCUCCACGCCCAGGGCGUCAUCCACCGGGACAUCAAGAGCGACUCGAUCCUGCUGACCCAUGAUGGCAGGGUGAAGCUGUCAGACUUCGGGUUCUGCGCCCAGGUGAGCAAGGAAGUGCCCCGAAGGAAGUCGCUGGUCGGCACGCCCUACUGGAUGGCCCCAGAGCUCAUCUCCCGCCUUCCCUACGGGCCAGAGGUGGACAUCUGGUCACUGGGGAUAAUGGUGAUUGAGAUGGUAGAUGGAGAGCCCCCCUACUUCAACGAGCCACCCCUCAAAGCCAUGAAGAUGAUUCGGGACAACCUGCCACCCCGACUGAAGAACCUGCACAAGGUGUCGCCAUCCCUGAAGGGCUUCCUGGACCGCCUGCUGGUGCGGGACCCUGCCCAGCGGGCCACGGCAGCUGAGCUGCUGAAGCACCCAUUCCUGGCCAAGGCAGGGCCACCUGCCAGCAUCGUGCCCCUCAUGCGCCAGAACCGCACCAGAUGAGGCCCAGCGCCCUUCCCCUCGACCAAAGAGCCCCCCCGGGUCACCCCCGCCCCACCGAGGCCAGUAGGGGGCCAGGCCUCCCCCUCCUCCCAGCCCGGGAGAUGCUCCGCGUGGCACCGCCCUCCUUGCUGGGGGUAGAUGGGACCCUACUACUGAACUCCGGUUUUGAUCUCGUGACUUUUAGAAAAACACAGGGACUCGUGGGAGCAAGCGAGGCUCCCAGGACCCCCACCUUCUGGGACAGGCCCUCCCCCAUGUUCUUCUGUCUCCAGGAAGGACAGCGGCCCUCCCAUCACUGGAAGUCUGCAGUGGGGGUCGCUGGGGGUGGAGAGAACACUAAGAGGUGAACGUGUGUGAGUGCACGCGUGUGAGUGUGCAUGUGCGUGUGUGCAAAGGUCCAGCCACCCCAUCCUCCAGCCUGCAAGGGGUGUCUGGCGCCUUGCCUGAUGCCCAGCCCCCUCUCCCCCUGAGCCAUUGUGGGGGUCGAUCAUGAAUGUCCGAAGAGUGGCCUUUUCCCAUAGCCCUGCGCCCCCUUUCUGUGGCUGGUUGGGGAGACAGGUCAGGGCCCCCCACCCUCUCCAGCCCCUGCAGCAAAUGACUACUGCACCUGGACAGCCUCCUCUUUUCUAGAAGUCUAUUUAUAUUGUCAUUUUAUAACACUCUAGCCCCUGCCUCUAUUGGGGGACAGAUGGUCCCUGUCCUGCGGGGUGGCCCUGGCAGAACCACUGCCUGAAGAACCAGGUUCCUGCCCGGUCAGCACAGCCCCGGCCCGCCCACCCCUGCCUCGAGUUAGUUUUACAAUUAAAACAUUGUCUUGUUU